AUGUCCAGGCAAACGGCCAUGCCGCCGCCUCCCCUCCCAGUCCUGUCCUCCUCACCGAACCGCAGUGGAAUGCCGUCCCCGGGCAUGCUUGCGCCUAACAAGUACUCGCAGCGAGGAUCCAUGCCGCCCCCAAAGCUGCCCCCACCUUCGUGCAGGUCUAGCACUUCGUCCCGCCCCAGCUUUGCUCUGUCCGAUGGCUCAGACAACAACUCGGUCUACGGCAACCCCAACAGCAGCAACGAGCGGAUUAAGACUCCCCUCCAGGACUCGAAACAGGACAACAUCUCCACCAUGGACGAUGUGGAGGCUCAGUUUGCGAACCUCAUGGAUACCUUGGAGGUGCCUUCCAGUGUCCGUCUCAAGUUUGGAACGGUCGGGCGUGACGUUAAGCAGUCUAUCCUCAUGUCGAGCCAAACAUCAAACCCAGCCAUUCUGGGAGCACUCGGCCUGCCCGCUCCGAUCCAAGGGAAGGCUGCUCCCCAGAAACCUAAAAUGAAGAAGAACUCUUCAGCGCCUUUCCUCCGCAAGUCCAGGUCUUCUGCCUCCCUCGAUGGUGAGCCGACCCAGGUCGGUGGCACUUACAACUACGGGGGCGACCAGUUUACGAUUGUCGCUUCGCCCUCGGCUCGUCCUGCAGGUCACUCGAGGGGCCAGUCUGUCGAUGUCGGCCGUGCCUCCACCCCGCUAGGCAGACAGCGAGGUUCCGUUCCUCCCUCACCCCGUAAGGUUCCGCCGAGCCCGGCACGCAGCGACCGCAGCUUCAGGGGUAGCACAGGUCCGGCGGAGCUGCCGGAGAGCUACGUGCAGUGGCUGAAGUCGUCCAAGGCCACGGAUCUUAACAUGGACGUGGGCAAAGCGAAGAAGUUGCGUAUGCUGCUUCGGCACGAGGCGACUGGCUGGGUUGCCUCCUUCAUCGACGCUGGCGGCUACGACCGCCUCCUCGACCGCAUUCAGGACCUGCUUGACGUCGAGUGGCGUGAGGAGCAACACGAUGACAAGAUGCUGUACGAGCUUCUGCGCUGUGUCAAGGCGCUCUCGACGAGCGAGGUGGGCAAGGCCGCCCUGCGGGCAAGACACCCUCGACCAUUCCCCGCCCUGUCCCAACUGCUCUUCUCCGAGAAGAAGCCGGGCGAGCUGGCGUGUCGCCAGAUCAUCGUGGAGAUGUGGUUGUUCCACUUCGAGUUAUUCCCUCCGCAGUCUGAGGUGCAGAGAUCUGGUUCAAUCCGCUUCGAGACCGCGAACCAGGUGGACGUCGUCGACUUCGUCCGCAGCCUGCUCCUCCCCCAGAAAGAGGACAAGGCCAAGGACUACCACGACUUCAUCACGCAGGCGCACCGCCCUCGCAUCUUUAAGGCAUGGGUGCAGGAGAUGGCCGACCUGUGUCGCGACUACUUCUGGAUCAUGUGCCACGGCUCGAACACAUUGUGGAGGUUAUCAGAGGUUGACGUGAACGCGGUCGAGCGACCGGUCGCCCCGGGAGGUGCCACCGGAGGAGUCGAAUUUGAGGCGAUGGGCUAUGCUGUGAGUGUAUCGCAGCGGACACAUCUGACAACAGACCAUUCACUUCCGCCUCCUGAACACGCUGGUGCAAGCGACGGCCGAGCAGAACAUGGACAAGGCUCGUCAGCUGCACCAUGA